AUGGUUCCAGCUACGGAGGUUGAGUACCUUGAGGUGACGCUGGAUCGCGGUCUCACCUUCGCCCCACAUAUCCAACACGCACUGGAGAAAGCCAAGAAGGCAGUCAAGGCCCUUGGUCAGAUAAUGCCAAGGACCUGCGGAGCUGGAGAGGGUAGGAGGCGCCUUCUGGCAACGGUUGCGACCUCAAUCGUGACCCACGCCGCACCAGUCUGGGAAAAAGCUUUGAGGAGAGACCGAAAUGUGGAGAGACUCGCCAGCGUCCAAAGGCUAAUGGCCCUGAGAGUGUGCAGAGCGUACAGGACAGCGGGCUUGAGAGCAGUCCUCGCGCUUGCCCGCCAAGUGCCCCGGCACCUCGUGGUCACAGAGAGGAAGCUGAGAUACGAAGACCGGAGGGAGCCGAACCCUGAACUCAAAAGGACGCGGAAGAAGAGGUCGGAGGAGACACUGGCGAGAUGGCAGACGGAACGGGGGAGAGAUACCGGCGAGAGCGGGUGGACCAAACGCCUGAUCCCGGUCAUCGGGGUCUGGCAAAACCGCAAGCACGGCCAAAUAUCGUACCACCUCACUCAAUUGAUGGUCGGGCAUGGUUGCUUCCAGGAGUACCUCUGCAGAUUCAAGAGGGCCGACAGCCCGGAGUGCCUUCUAUGCACAACGGGUGCGUUCGACACCGUGAGACACACCCUCGAGGACUGCGACUUCUUCGCGCAGGAGCGCAGGAGGCUCCGAGACAUGCUCGGGAGGGACUUCGCACUGGCCGAAAUGGUGCCGACGAUGUGGGGAGGGGGAGGGGCAUGGGCAGCAAUGGACAACUUUGUUGCCAGCGUGAUAGGUGCAAAGGAGUCGCUGGAGAGAGUUAGGCGUAGAAACGCCGGGGAGGCUACGGGCGAAAGCCGGAUCCUGCCACCAGCUGGAGCAGAUGAAGGAAACAACGAGGACCGCUACCGGCCUCGACCAAGCACCAACAGGUAA